AUGAGGAUUAGACAAAAAUGUUCACUCACGAUGGACGGCUGCCGGAAGAACGACCAAACGACGACAUUAUGCCUUUUGAUGAUUUUCUUCCAUUGUGUCCACUUCGCCAUAAUGAAUGGAGAGAAUACAAUUCAUAUUGUCUCUCCAAGUAUUGACGCUUCAACUAGAAUCGUUCGUGACUCAGCGGGCCUGGACGAAGGUCAAAUCGAAAGAGAAGGUGGUUUGCUCACAGAGAGAGAAGAUUUCAAGGAUUUAUCAGGCAGUGAAUAUAACAAUCGUGCAUCUAAGAUUCACAACAACGGCAUACUCGAGGGAAAUCCGCCGCUUAGCGAUAAAGACUUGAUUGCAAAGGAUAGCGCAAUCUCAAAAUUCACCAAAGCCUACGAUAAAUUUAAAGAUCAGUGCAUAACUUCUUCGAGUCUAACCGACGAAAAGCAUCGAGAAGAUGAACAAUUCCAGCAAUAUCAGAUUGAGUGGGGGGAUCGAAUUGUCAACAAAAGCCAAAGGAAAGGAGGUCGUGACCUUCUGCCUAGGCUACGGAAAGAAGUCGCUAAUGGGAUACCAGCAAAUCAUCGUGAACUUCGUGCGGAAUUAGAGAAAACGUUAAACCUAGCCGAGCGGCAGCUGAAAAGCGAAGGUUGGUGGACCCAAAUUGUUGACUUCUUCCGCUAUCUUUUCAAGAGAGAUGAAUGGAGACAAUACAAUGCUUCGCUCCAAUUAAGCAAGCUACGAAGAGGGUUGAAAUCCGGCUCCACCCUUCCAAAGAUGAGGAGGCCAAUCAACUUGUUGUCGCUUUUCGAAAGGAAAGGUCCCAAUUUCUCGGAAGCGGAGCUCCAGCUGAUAGAAAAUAUGACUAAGGGUAGCUCUCACCUCACCGCUGCCGACGAGGCUUUGAUCAACGAGCUUGGAAAGGAAAGCUUUGUCCACCAUAGGAACAUGAAGGUUCAAAAUUUGCAAAACAAAUACAAUUCAGCUGUGGAUAAAACACCUCAAGAUAUGAAAAACAACAUCCUUGGCGGAUUGAAAUACUUUUGGGCUAUGAUAGGAAUGGGAAAAGACUUGAAUAAGCAAGAUAGGAAGCUGUUUGAAAGCCUUGAAAAGAUGAAGGAUAUGGAAGAUGCCUCUCAAAUUUUGGCUCAGAAUGAGAGACAAAAUCAGAGCAUUAUUGUUCGCGCUUGGAAAUCACGGAAGAUGGAAAUUACCAGGACCUGUUCUAGUGCAUUUGCUAUCUUGAAAUCUAGGCCUAACCUUCCAGUGAAAGAAAAAGAAGUCUUGGAAAGAUUAAGUUCCCUGUGGGAUGAAGGCAAGCUUAGCCCUGAAUCAAAGGAUGGAGAUGCCCUUUGGAAAGUUUACAAGGAUCAACGUGAAAUAAUUGAAAGGAGUGCUACAGAGUUCAAUCAGAAAAUGCAAGAGCUUCUAAGGAAAGCACAGCCUGUUGACACAUCACAUAAGUACCUUGACCACAUUGCUUCUAUUGAAAAAAGAGUGAGAGCACAGAAUUUUCUAGAAAAAUCUGCUGAUGCCUCUAAAGCUUUGGAAACCAAGGAGAAAAUGGGCUUUAGUCUCACUCAGAAUGAGAAACAAUACUCAAAUCAUAAACACAAAAUCACUGUGUCAAACAAUGACAAUACUUACAAUAAUCUUAUGGACAAGUUAGCCAUUGAAAACCGUAUACAUGAAAGUGGUCAGAUCUCACAGGAUCUUAUGAAAAUCACAAAUGGAUUGAUUUCAAAUGAUAAAAAAUUCUUUCAUGGCCGCCAAAGUCAACUCAACAGACUGAAAAGUCAUCUCAAGCAAGAAGAAAAGGAUGAGAUAAAAAGAAUACUUUACUUAUCUGAUGAUGGUUACCAAUUGAGGAAAGAAACCAAAUUUGUCAAAAUAUUGAAAAUAUUGAUAAAUGUAGACUGUAGAUCAAACUUCCAUACAGAAGGAGUCAAAGAAAUUAGCAAGCUUUUGGAUACAAUUUCUCACCUCAAAGACCAGGAAAUUGAAAGUGCAAGAUUGAAGUUGGACCAAUUCAAAGAUGUUUUCAUGUUGUGGAAAUCCCGUCAUACUUGA